AUGGCGCCCACCAGGACCCCAGGCCCUGAAAUCCCUAUGCCCGUGUUCGUGUCAGGAAGAUAUGUCAAGCGCAACAUUCCCUUGCAGAGCAUGAUGACAUCUUCUAUGACGAAUCAGGACUCACGGCCAGACAGCGUCCGUGUCAACAAUCUAGAUGGGUUGCAAGGCAGGACUUGCUACUGUAACCUGAAGUCAAUGAGUCAGCCAAGUCCUAUAUUCCUCAUUGUGAUCCGCCUAAGAGUGUACCUCAUUCAAAAGGAAACUACAUCGAGUGACUGGUACACGGUAUCAGCUUCAGACCAUUGCGCAAUUGAGCAAGGUACUCAAUUCGGAGCACCAGUCUCGGUGGCCAACCUCGAUGAUCCAUUGCUGUACUGCGGGCGAGUAAUAGCAGUCAAGAAUGAUCCCAAUGCUCGUCACAAUGGUUAUCUCAGCGGCCCGAGUGAGGCUUUCUGCGUCCUGGGGCAACCUGGCCCUUCGCACUGGUCCUGGGUGCAGUGUUGUCCGUCCUAG